UCAAUUAACCAGUUAAGUUAACGCAACCUAUUCCCAUUUUCCUCUCGUCCGCCGCUCCUCCUCCGCCGCCGCCGCCGCUAUCGCCGCCGGCUCGGAUUACUCCAGGCAUGCAGCUUUCGAUCGUUCACCGUUCACUCAGCCGCUCCUUUCCGCCUCAGUCGCGCCUCUGUACCUCCCCGAUUCAUCAUCUCUCGCAGAGUGUUAACUUCUCUGUACAACCUCAGCAGCGCAAAGUGCAACGCGUCGCAAUGGAAUCCACAAUCCCUCGCGCCUUGGACGACAACGGUUCUCCUUCGAUAGUAUCAGCUAACGUUACUGUAGGCGGAAGAAUUGGCGAGGUAAAGAGGGUUACGAAGGAGACGAAUGUGAGUGUGAGGAUUAAUCUGGAUGGCGACGGCGUUGCCGAGAAUAAUACUGGCAUUCCUUUUCUGGAUCACAUGCUUGAUCAACUUGCUUCACAUGGAUUAUUCGAUGUCCAUGCUAAGGCUACUGGAGAUAUUCAUAUCGACGAUCAUCACACUAAUGAAGAUGUUGCCUUAGCAAUUGGAACAGCAAUGCUGCAAGCACUCGGCGAUAGGAAAGGAAUCAACCGGUUUGGAGAUUUCUCAGCUCCACUUGAUGAAGCACUUGUUCAUGUUGCACUGGAUUUAUCCGGGAGGCCGCAUUUGAGUUGUGAUUUGCAGAUACCCACACAAAGAGUUGGAACUUACGAUACCCAGCUGGUGGAGCACUUCUUUCAGUCUCUAGUCAAUACCUCUGGGAUGACACUACAUAUUCGACAGCUCUCGGGAAAAAACUCUCACCACAUCAUCGAGGCAACCUUCAAGGCGUUCGCAAGAGCUCUUCGCCAAGCUACAGAGUAUGAUCCCCGGCGCCGUGGAAGCGUGCCUAGCUCGAAAGGCGUACUUUCUCGAGCUUAAUUCGCUGCCGGAACCUUUGCUUAGUGUGACUUCUGGUGAGUUUUCUGUUGUAUUAUUAUACCUCAAUUGUUCUGGCUUUUUUUUUUUUUUUUUUUUUACAGCUUUUGAGCUAUUUUUACUUUCUUAAACCUGAAAUGUUAGAAUGGUCACAAAAUUGGUGAUGAAAAAUGUAUGAUUUUUGGUUAAUAUGAUUUUAUGAAAAAUAGUGGUGUAAUGAUUUGA